AUGGUGCGAGUGCUCUUCGUGCAUCCCGAUUUGGGUAUCGGUGGAGCGGAACGACUAGUCGUCGAUGCUGCCCUCGCAUUGCAGAGCAAGGGCCACACGGUCAGUUUUCUAACCAACCAUCACGAUCCGAACCACUGCUUCGAUGAGACGAAGGAUGGGCGUCUGCCGGUCAUGACGGUUGGGGAUUGGCUGCCGAGGGAUAUCUUUGGAAAAUGUUAUGCCGUCUGCGCAUACAUUCGUAUGAUGUACGCAGCCUUCUACUAUAGCUUGUAUCUGUCGAAAAAGGAACCGGUGGAUGUGGUAUUCUGUGAUCUAAUUUCUUUGGGAAUACCCAUUUUCCGACUGGCACGCCCAAAUCCAAAGAUUCUGUUCUACUGCCACUACCCAGAUCAGCUGCUGUCUAAACCGGGAAGUGUUUUAAAGCAAUGCUACCGUUUGCCACUCAAUUAUCUCGAGGAGGUGACUACGGCGCAAGCGGAUGGCAUUUUGGUUAAUAGUAAAUUCACUAGCCGUGUGUUUAAAGAAACAUUCAAACGUAUUGCCACAGAUCCAGAUGUACUGUACCCGUCGUUAAAUACCCGGUUCUUCGAUGAAACCUCUAUCGAAGAUUCUGACCAUGUGGUAAAGCUACCGAAUGAUGCGUUUGUAUUCCUUUCGAUAAAUCGGUACGAACGUAAAAAGAAUCUUCCCCUCGCGUUGCACGCUUUCAAAGCACUGCAGGAAAAGGUAUCCCCUGUCGAAUGGCACAAAGUAUGCCUCAUUAUGGCCGGAGGAUACGACGAACGAGUGCUCGAAAACGUCGAGCAUUAUGACGAAUUGGAGGAGCUGGCCGAAGAUAUGCAGAUACGCUCGAAAGUACGCCUUCUGAAGUCUCCUAACGAUCGGCAGAAGCUGUUCCUUUUGCACCGUGCACAGGCGCUAAUCUACACUCCGGAAUUCGAACACUUCGGUAUCGUACCGCUGGAGGGAAUGUACCUCUCGAAACCGGUAAUUGCAGCCAACAGUGGCGGUCCAAUGGAGACCAUUAUUCACGACCAAACCGGAUUCUUAUGUGAGCCUGUUCCGAAGGAGUUUGCCACCGCAAUGGCUAAGCUGGUAAAGGAUGAUAAGCAUUGCGAGCGUAUGGGAGCAAUGGGCCGGAAACGUAUACAGCAGCGCUUUUCGUUCGAAGCCUUCAGCACCAAACUAGACAACGUAGUAAACGAUCUGAUCCAGCGGGAGGGAGAGAAGAAAAUCAAAUAGCAUAGGUGGUGCCUGCCACUGUCCACUUUACUGGCGGUCCAGGGCAUGACAAGAUUUUCGUCAACCUACCCUUGGUAUCCCGGCUGGCUGGCACUCGAGUGAGGCAACGAAAUGACUGAGCAAAUUCCGAGUCACAGUUGCAGAUGCGACUGCAAGAGUUUUAAUUUAAAUUGCGUAUCUCUGCCCACACGAAAUACUGUGGCUAUAUGUAAACGAUGGUAUCUUGAAAUACGUAGUUGUUGUGAUUGCCAGCUUCUUCCUAGUGAGAAGAAUUAGUUUCAGUAG